AUGAAGAGUAAAAAGUUCAAAAGGGAAACUAAUUUUGUGUCUUCGAAAAAUGGCCGAAGAGGUAUCCCAACUGGGGAAAAAAUAACACAGGACACACAAAAUGAUAGCACAGACGAUUUAAUUAUAGGAAACAUGGUCGAUUUAAAUAAAAAAGAAAGCACAAAAAAGACACUUCCAAAGGUUGUUCAAAUAAGGAGAGAUUUGAGAAAACUAAGAAAAGAAAAGGCAAUUAUAAGCAAAAUGGAUUCAGAAGAUAGGGAAAAGACGGAGCAUUUGUUGCAGGUGCACAAGGCUAUGCUCAAAUCAAAGGGAGAAAAAGUUUACGAUGAAAAGAGCCUCAAUAAACGAAGAAAAAGUAUAUUAAAAAAAAAAAACAAAUCACGCAAAAGAUGGGAAGAAAAAUUAUCAAAGGAAAGAGGCACCAAAAGAUGA